AUGAUACUUCAAGAAUCGUUAACGGAUGCUGAAGAUAACUUGGAAGCUGUUUUAAAAUAUGUGGAAACGCAGCAACGAUUAGUACGUGGAAUGUUAUUUAGUUUAGGGGACCCUCAUGGCAUCUCUUCAAUAUCCGAUUUAUUUAUCAGAAACUCUGUAUUAUUAAAUGAAUGGAAAAAUAUGUCAAGUUCUCCAAGGAAAAGUAGAACAUUGCUGGUCCAAAAAGACAUUUUUCAAAGGGCCGCAAAUGAGGUUUAUAGUAAAUACAUUCCAAACUUGAAACGAGUAUUGCUGCAACUAAUAAAAUUAAGCACGAUAAUAGCAAAGUUUCCCGAUACCAUCCAAAGUUUAAAAAAUAAAGAAAAAAAUAUCAUUUCCAUUAUUCCUGAGACAAGUUUAUUGAUCGAUAUGUCAAACAUGUUGGAUUUACAAAAGCUGAACCAUGAGCAGUUUUUGUUUUUUAUAGAGAAGUAUGAAUCCUCCCUCUUUGGCACCUCUAAUCAAAUAUUUAUUUUAACUGAACCUCACUUCGAAAAUGUCUGUCAUAUAACUAGAGUAUGCAAAAAGAAAGCCCAGUAUUUUUCCUUAAAACUUAAAUCAAUAACUGAGUCAACUUUAGCUCUUAUAGGAGUGCUGGGAGAAACAGAAAUUAAGCCUUCCGAUCUCAAUUUUCUUCGUACUUAUCAUUCUUUUAAAGUGAUCGACAACUCCACUCUGGAUAAAGCACUGGAAAUGUUUGAACGAAUCCAAAAUUUGUAUUACCAUAGAUGUGAACAAAGAGGUGUUUUAUUGAAAAAAUGUGUUGCUCUUUGGAACAAACUUAAUACCACAGAAGAUCACAUCUCGAAUUUUUUAAAGACAAAUUCUCGUCUCACAUCUAAAGAUUUGGACGCAAUUUCCACUGAAUUUCAAAGAUUGACUCAAAUUGAUAUUAAAUGUACUACCAUAUUACUAAGGGAAAAAAUGGAAGAAAUUCAAAUACUGUGGUCACGAUUAGAUAUCAAGCAUAGUUAUAGAAAGCAAUUUUUAAAGUCCAUUGAAAAUAGCAAAGAUGUUAACUCAACCUUGGAUCUUUAUAAUUCUGAAUUAAAAGCCUUAAGAAGAAAAAUAACAACCUUUGAUCCAAUAAUGAAUUGCGUAAAAGAAUUACAAAUAUUAAAUAAGGAAGCCGUCCACGUUGAAGAAAGUUCAAAGCAUUCAGAAAGAUUAACCUCGAGGAAUUAUUAUAAGAUCUUGAAGAAGGAGGAAAAUCUUAGAAAUAAAAUUAAGAAAAGAGCACCAAAAAUUAUAAGGGAAUUGGGAAAUAACUUAAGAAGAACUGAAAUAAAUUCCGGAGAAACUGUCACCUUUGCUGGUCAAAGGAUAAUGGAUAUUGUACAUCAUUUAGACUUACCAUUCGACGAGAAUCCUAACCACUCCUCAAAAGUUUUAUUGCAUACCCCAAGACGAUCAACAAAGUGUAUUUGUAAUGACACAAAUAAUACAGUUGAGGUAUCUCAAAACAGUAACUCGAUAAUAGGACGAAGUUUAUUGAAGUUGAUGUCACCUGUAAAUACAGCACUUUUAUCUCCAUUCAAAAUCAAUAAAUUUUCAUUAACAUCUCGCAACCCAAAACCUUUUGGGGAGAAAAGUGAGGGCCAACAAGCCUUUUCCCUCAGCUCACCUAUUAAGCAAAAGCCCAAGAUACCAACAGAUAUCCCAAAAUCGUUUAUAAAGCCAUUAAUUAUUCGUCCAAUAAACUCAAAUAUUGGGGAUGCAAACACCCUCAUUAGCCCUAGGACUCCAUUUAAGUUUAACAAUGAAUUUAAUUUGCAUAGUCCUUACAGGGAACCAGAAAAUAGUAAAUAUUUCUUUACUAAAUCACCUGAAGGAAAGGUUAAGUUAGAGAUCUUUUGGGAAGAUCUCCAUGAUGGUAACGAAGAUUUUUGUGACUCAACUGACGUCAGUAUUGUCUCUGAAACUUGUGUAAAUUGA